CUCUGUUAGAGCUGCAUGUAUCGUCUUCCCUCCGGCCCCUCCCGCCUCUCUGCUUUCCCAACUCCCUCUCUGGCUGGCAUUUAUUUCAGGGAUCUGACUCGGAGGGACUGGUAUGGCAGCCGGAACGGUGACACCUCACAGUGGGUGGGCGGAGCCAGAGCGGAGUGGGGAGAUGUUAGGGGAGUGAAGCAGUAUAAAAGCCAGAGCUGUCAGUGGCACACUCAGAAACCACAGACAGAGAGAACUCAGAUUCCCCUCACUCGUCUUCUGGAAGUCUCCAUCCGUGUGUUAGGUUACCUUCUGUCAAAUACAGACAAGAAGGAUAUAAGGAAAGUGACUUCAAAUCCUUCACCACAGGGAGACCUGGAGAACUGCAAGCCUCUCCAAACAUCUCAGAAGCCGAACGCCCAACCCUUGCCAUCCAGACACAUGGCUGCACGUCCGAUGGAGACGGUGGGUUUCGCCGUUCUACCCGCACACAUCUUGGCAUCCGCCAUGGAGGAGUUUCCCCAGCAGCUACCCGUCCCCAAGUGUCUGGCUCGGGGCCGAAACCGUACCCGGCGACCCCGAGACGCCCGCUUCAAGACCCAGCCGGUGACUUUUGCAGAGAUCGCCGAAGUGGAGGAGGAAGGGGCUUCGCCUCUGGAGGAAGAAAGGGCGAGACAGUGCUUCCUUCAGUCGCUGGAGAGCCUCAGAAGAAGCACACAGACUUUGCACCACGCAGGAUCCACGCAGAGUUGCCGCACAGCGUCUGCACAGGCUAGUGUGGACUCCAGUGACUCAGACUCGACACAAUGAGAGAGUGAGAGGAAGGUCUGAAGGAUAACAGGACUGGAACUCAAUGUAUUUCGCACAUAUCUUCCUGUUAAAUUCCUCUUUCACAGCCGUUAACCUACAGUAGUUAUGCAUUUAUGUGCAGAUUCCAGUUGAGUAACACUGGCACAGCGAUUGUUUAGCUCCUCUGCAAAAAGCAAAGUUGUAGCAUGCUGGAAGAUUUCAGAAACCACUUAAAUGCUUACGCAAAUUCCUUUUUUUUUAUUGUAUGAGACUCGAAGACUGGUGAGGUUUCAUCUGUAAUGAACUUGACAAGGGAGGACGUACCAUGUCUGAUUCCAUUUUAAUAGACUAAUGUUAUUCGUAUCCCUUGUGCCUGCUUAAGAUUGCACAGUUGAAUGGGUUCUUCACUGCUGGGCAGAAUGUAGACUGUCACAUUUUGUUAUAACUCAUUGCUGUGCUGACGAAACUAAAACAGAGAUGUAUUUUUACAGAAAAUAAGGUUGCAAACCCUGAUGUCUACGUCUGCCAGAAUGGUGAACUUACUAAAGAACUCGAUGAGGAGCAAAUUAUUGUACUUUUCAAAUGUAUCUUAUAUUUAUUUGCAGAUUAUUUUGUGAUAACAUAGUAAUUUUAGAGAAUUGUUCUGUUGACACUGUGGACUUGUAAAGUCACUAUCACUGUAUGUAAAAGAAAAGGCCUUUAUACUUCGAUUUGACUUUAUCUUUGUUAAUUUGUUUCAUACUUUCUUUCGUAGUUAUAUAAAUAAACUUUUUAACAUUGGA